ACAUCGUCCACCAAUACUUCCGCCGCAUAUGAUCAAUUCCUUAUUUUCGCUCAUCAGAAGGACAAAGUUCAUUUGAACUAUCAAUUACGAAAAGCAUGAACAACGGCGUUAAUUUCAAUGAAUCGUGGUUGACAGAGGAAAAUUUUAAUUUGCCUGCCAUUAAAAAACGAGCAGGAGAACUUGGAAAGAGACGAUCGGUUAAAAAGAGCUAUCAAGCCGCCUGGCUUUUUAGAGCUGUUACUUGUAUCGAUUUAACUACUCUCUCAGGAGAUGACACUCGCUCUAAUGUUCAAAGACUGUGUCAUAAGGCCGUCAGACCUGUAAGGGAUGAUAUUGUUCGUUAUUUUGGUAUGCAAACUAAAGGGAUUAAAGUAGGCGCAGUUUGUGUCUAUCCAAACAGAGUUGCCGAAUGUAAGGAAAUCUUGAAAAGCUUAAAUGCCGACACUAGUAUUAAAAUUGCAUCUGUAGCUACUGGCUUUCCAGCUGGUCAAACACCAUUGAGUUGUAGAUUAGAAGAAAUUAGAAGAGCAGUUGCUGAUGGUGCAACAGAAAUUGAUAUUGUAAUCAAUAGAACUUAUGCAUUGAAUGGCGAAUGGGAAAAGGUUUUCGAAGAGGUUAAAGAAAUGAAAAUAGCAUGCGGAAAUGCUCACAUGAAAACAAUUCUGGCGACUGGUGAAUUAGGAAGUAUGACAAACAUUUAUAAAGCGUCAAUGACUUGUAUGAUGGCUGGCGCUGAUUUUAUUAAAACGUCUACUGGAAAAGAAUCAGUAAAUGCUAUUUUACCAGUUGCCUUGGUUAUGGUAAGAGCGAUAAGACAUUACUACCAAAAAACUGGAAUAAAAGUUGGCUUUAAACCGGCUGGCGGUAUAAGAACAGCUAAGGAUUCUCUUACUUGGCUAUCAUUAAUGAAAGAAGAGUUGGGUGAUGAAUGGGUGAAUAAUGAAAUGUUUAGAUUGGGUGCCUCUAGUUUGCUUGGAGAUAUCGAAAGGCAAUUAUUCCAUUGUGCAUAUGGAAGAUAUGCUGCAGCGCACGAAUUAGCUUUAGCUUAA